GAGGGCGGGGCCGCGGUGACGUCACUCAAAGACCUGCCUCGUGUUGCCAUUCCUGCGCGAGGGAGAGAGAGCGAGGCGGGCGCGAGCGCGUUCACUUCCACAGAAGGAGGGAGACCAACUGACAAAAAAAUAAAUAAAAUGAACUCAUUCAUAUAUUAUUUAAAAUAAAGUCAGUCAGUUUUGUUUUAUUUUUUGCUGACGGAAACCACACCCGCUUUGAAGAGAAAAAUCUCAGGAGUUCUUUUAAAAACAGCAGCUGACCCGGGUGCUAUGCAGGAUGAGCUGGGCUCUGGAUGACUGGAAGGCUGGGCUGCCAGGCCGGGCCCUGCAGAGGGUUCAGGAGCUGGAGUCUCAGCUGGAGAAGCUGCUGAAGGAGAGGCAGCAGAGGCAGUUCCAGCUGGAGGCUGUAGAGGGCGCCCUGCUCCAGCAGAAACACAAGUGUGAGGAGGCUCGUGCAGAGUCUCUCUCCCUGCAGAGGGAGCUGAAGUCUCUCUCCCAGUCCUGCGUCUCUGUGGAGGAGUUGAAGGAGCGCCUGUCCCAUGAGCUCCAGGCCAGGGGGGCACAGGUCUGCUCCCUGGAGGGGCAGCUGGGGGCCUCCAGAAAACAGAUCGAGUCCCUGCAGCAAGAACUCAAACGUGUCUUGGCGGAACUGGAGAAGCUGCAGAAUUCCCAGCAUUCCGGAGAAUCCCAGGCGUUCUUCACUCCGACGUGGAAUCACUCGGGAUUCAACACUCUCACCCGGGACCAAGGGGACUCCAGAUGGGUUAGCAGGGAGCCCUCGGGAAGAAACGACUUCAGAGCUCUGCACGUCAAACAGCAGCUACAGUUCAGCAGCACUGACCUCAGUCCGAAGCACGGGACAGGGAGCAGCGGAGUGAGCAGUUCCUCUUCCCCGUUCCCCUGGCAACAGGACUCCACCCCCGUCCGCCGCGGCGCCCGCCGGUCGGAGACCCCGGUGAGGCGUGGAAGCUCCACCCCCGUUGCCUCCAGCCCCUCCCCUUUCUCCUCCUCCCCCUCCUCCUCUGUGUUUCCGUGGGAACAGGAGAAGGCUGCUUCCACCACAGAUCGUGGGAAGGAGAGAGGACAGCAGGGCGGCGAUGUCACACACAGCGGGGACCCAGUGCAUUGUGGGGUAGAGGAGGAGCUAAGGAAGGAAAAUGCAGCGCUGCGCUCCUCUGUGUCGGAGCUGCAGUCUUGGGUCCGAUCCCAGGAGGAGGAGCUCCAGUCCCACAGCCUGACUGUCCGGCAGAGCCAGUCCCAGCUGGAGAGCCUGAGAGCGGAGCUGGCAGCCCGAGAACUGACCCUGACCAAGAACCAGGACCAGCUGACCCGGCAGAACACACUGACCCAACAGACACAGGACAAGUGUCAGUCUCUGGAGCAGAAGCUGAAGCAGCUCUCCGAGGAGCUGAGCUGCCAGAGGCAGAAUGCGGAGAGCGCGAGGAGAGCAGCGGAGCAGCGCAGGAAGGAGCAGGAGAAAGAGCACCACAAGGAGAUGUCUGAGCAGCAGCUGCUGUACCAGAGCCUGGAGAAGCAGCACAGACAGGAGAGCAGCAAACUGCACCAGGAACUGCAGCAGAGUGGAGCCCAGAGCCAGACCCUGCAGACACAGAGAGACAAGGUGACCCUGCAGAAGCAGCGCUGUGAGAAGGAGCUGGAGGCGGUGCGGUUGAAGCUGCAGUGGACUGAGAGAGAGCUGCAGGGGAGCCACCAGAGAGAGGAAGAACUGAAGAGCAAACUCACGGAGACGGAGAAGCAGCUGGAGAAACUGAACAGGGAGCUGGCCUUGAACCAGAGACUGCUGGGGAAGCUGCAGGCCGAGCACGUGUCCGUCGCUGCUGGGGUUCCCCUGAGGGGUACCCCACCUGGAGAGAGCUACAGCCCCCCGAUAACCAAGGCUUUCCUGGAGCAGCGGAGCCCCCAGCGCGGGAGAAAGGGGGGUCCCCCAGGGGCGGGCAGCUCCACCGCAGGGGUGGGAGGGGGCAGAGAACCAGGGGAGGGGAGAGAAUUCGAGGAGGAGGAGGAGGAGGUGGAGGGACCAAAGGACUGCCAGGAACAGCAAAUACCAACGGGGAUUUUAAAGGAUUCCCGAAACGAGGAGAUAGAGGGAGCGUUCGUCGGGAAAGGGAACGAGGAAUCCCGAGGGGAAUUUCAAGACAAAGAAUCGGACGGUCGCGGCCGGCGGCUUCUUCUUUCAUCUCCCGGGAUAAACCGAAAAAGUUUCCCGUCCUCACGGGAGGGAUCGGACUGGGAUGAGCAGGAAUACGAGGGAAGCUCCUCCGGGAAAAAACGGAAAAGGAAUGAGAAAGGGCGACGGAAUAAAGAGGAGGGGGAGGGAGAUGAUGAAAUGAAAAAGCUGGAACAGGAGAACGAGGUUUUGAAGGACGAGUUGCGGGAAGCGAGGAGGGAGGUGGAGCGCAGGCUGGAGGACCUGGAGAGCCAGCGCAAGACGGAGCGGGACCUGAGAGUGAAACUCAAACAGACCUCCAAAAAGCACUCCUCCGAGACGGAGAGGCUGCGCCAGAGAGAGCAGGAGCUGGGGGAGAAGGACAGGCAGCUGGAGGCAGGGAGGCAGGAGGCAGCCAGGCUGAGAGAGGCUGUGGAGAGGCUGGAAUCGGAGGCAGAGCUGAGGCAGGGGCUGGGCAGAGAGGAGGAGGAGAGGUCUGGAAAGAGGGCACCAGGUGACUCCUUGCUUUUGGAGAAGAUUAGUGAACUGGAGGCACGUUUGCGUUGCUUUGAAGAAGGAGAAAUUGGCUGUGCAGAUGAAAGCGUAGGCGUGGAGAAAAACAACAGCGAUUCUGGUGAUGGUGAUAAAAAUAGUAAUAAUAAUAAUAAUAAUAGUAACAAUAAUAACAGUGCCAGUAGCGGGGUAAGCAGCUGUAACCUUGACGACCUAUCGUUUUCCUCCGAGGUUUUCGAACCCGCGCAACGCGUCUCGGGAACCGCGGGGGAACGCGACGGCAAUCCCGCGGCGCUCCUACGGGAGCCCCCGAGGUCCAGAGAGACGUCGCAGGUGGAGGAGGGGGGGGACCAGGAACUGGGGGCCCCGAGAGAGAUGGCGGAGGAGCGGGAGGCAUCGGGGUUCGGAAACCACCGGGGAGAAAUCCUCCCAACGGGAUCCGAAAACUUCUCUCCUCCCGACCCGGAGGAAAAAACCACCGAGCGAGGAGGAGUCGGGGAAUCGGGACGGGAAGCAGCGGGGAAGAGGGGAGAGCCUUACGGGCAGCCUGCCGUCAUCCACCUGGUGCUGGAGGUUGAGAAGCUUCGUCGGAGGAACGAGGCACUGGACAGGGAGAGAGAAGAGGCGCAGGGCAGGGCCAGCGAGGCGCAGGGCAAGCUAGAGACCCUGCAAUCCCGAAUCAACAGCCAGACCAGGCAGCUGACGCUGGCCUUCGAGACGCAGAGCCAGAACAUCGAGGACCUGCUGGGGAGCCUGGAGGAGAAGGACAGCGCCCUCCGCAGUCUGGAGCAGGAACUGCAGGGGGCGAAGGAGAGCCUGAUUUCAGUGCAGGGUGAGAACGAGAGACUAAAAUCUGAGCUAGGUGCAGUUACACUUCCUAAAAGAGAGGGGGAGCCAGUCAGUAAAGGAGGUGAACAAGAUAGAGAGGAAGACAGCGCCAUCAAGAGUUUGGGUCAGGAACUGCAGGGGGCGAAGGAGAGCUUGAUUUCAGUGCAGGGUGAGAAUGACGAGCUGAGGUCCCAGCUAGGUGCAGUUACACCUCCUAAAAGAGAGGGGGAGCUAGCUGUCGACGAGAAAACAGUCUCUCAAGACCGGGAGGAGGAUAGCGCCACCCGGAGUCUGUGUCGGGAACUACAAGUGGCGAAGGAGAGCUUGAUUUCGGUGCAGAGAGAGAACGAGAGGCUAAAAUCUGAGCUAGCUGCAGUUACACUUCCUAAAAGAGAGGGGGAGCCAGCCAGUAAAGGAGGUGAACAAGAUGGAGAGGAAGACGGCGCCAUCAAGAGCUUGGGUCAGGAACUGCAGGGGGCGAAGGAGAGCUUGACCCAAGUGCAGAGAGAGAACAAGAGGCUGAAAUGUGAGCUAGCUGCAGUUAAAGAUGAGAGAGGAGAACAAGUUAAGACUGAGCUUGUGAGCUCAGAAGUGAUCCAGCUGAACGCAGAGUGCUGCCAGCUGAGAGAGGAGAGGGACGGUCUGAGCUCCCGGUUGAAAGAAACCGAAGAUUCGGUCUCCAGACUCCAGUCCGACUGCUCGAGAUUGAGGCGCGAGCUGGGUGGACAGAAAGUGAGGGGAGAAAGGACUCCGAGAGAGGGAGAGGGAGGAGAGAGCCUGCACGGAACGGCGGCGCAGGACAGUGACCUCACAGCGCGACAGAGCCUUCGGGGGAGAGAGACCCAGACGCCAAAGGGUGAUGACAUCACAGAGAGGCCGAAGGUUGACAUCACAGGGGUGAAGGUGGGUGACAUCGCAAGGGAGAAGUUUGACUUCAUAAAGACGCAGGAGAAGGACGAUAUCACAGGGGCAAAGGGUGAUGACGUCACGUCGCUUCAGAGCGUCCCGGGGGCCAUGGCGAGGGAAGAUGACAUCACAGGGAGGCAGGCGAAGGGUGAUGACGUCGCAGUGCCACAGCGCGUGCUGGAGAGAGAGGCCGGACUCUCCGAAUCCGAGGUGGGGCAGCUACAGAAGCAGUUGAAGGAGCUGGAGGCACUGGUUUCCAGUCUGAGCGCUGAGAAGGAGAGACUGGGGGAGGAGCUGCUGCUCUGGGGAAGGGAGGAUCCUGGGCAGGGAGGUACCAUCUCUGUCACAGCCUGGGGGGAGACUGCAGUGCACCCCGGGAAAGACACAGUGGUGGUGGUCAGGGAAGACAGGAUCCUGCUCCCCUGCAGAGCGGACAGAGUGGUACGGCCCAGGGCAGAUUCCAGCACCCAGGAACAGACUACAGCAACUCCAAAGACACAGACGACAGAACAAUUGCAAGAAUCGCUGAUCUCCCAGCAACCAGGGGUCCGCUGUCCUGACCAGGGGAACCAGACCCUGGACUGGGGAGCAGGGAGCGGUCCAAUCAGCACACAGGUCAGAACCAUGGCUGGAGAGGCUACAGCAAUGGAAUGGGGAGCUACAGAGGACCAGGCUAAAUCAAUUGAUGAUGGAGCUAAAGAACAGACCAAAGCAAUGGAAGAUAGAGCUACAAAUGACCAAGCUAAAGCAAUCAAAUAUGGAAGAGAGGACCAAGCUAAAGCAAUCAAUGAUGGAGCUAAAGAACAGACCAAAGCAAUCAAAUGUGGAGCUAGAGAACAGACCAAAGCAAUCAAAUAUGAAGCUACACAGGAUCACACUGAAGCCCUGGAAGAUGAAGCUAAAGACAACCAGACUGAAGCAAUCAAAAACACUGGACCGAGCAAAGGGACUGACUGCAAACCCGUCGACAAGCGGGACAGCCAGGCCAGAGCAAUGGAAACCAGCACAGCAGAGCGCCGGGCUAAAACAGUGGAAAGUGGAACCACUGAUCUUCAGACUAAAACAGAGGAAAGUGGAACCACUGAUCUUCAGACUAAAACAGAGGAAAGUGGAACCACUGAUCUUCAGACUAAAACAGCGGAAAGUGGAACCACUGAUCUUCAGACUAAAACAGAGGAAAGUGGAACCACUGAUCUUCAGACUAAAACAGUGGAAAGUGGAACCACUGAUCUUCAGACUAAAACAGAGGAAAGUGGAACCACUGAUCUUCAGACUAAAACAGUGGAAAAUGGAACCACUGAUCUUCAGACUAAAACAGAGGAAAGUGGAACCACUGAUCUUCAGACUAAAACAGAGGAAAGUGGAACCACUGAUCUUCAGACUAAAACAGCGGCACACAGAACUACUGAUCUGCAGACCAAAUCAGCAGAAUACAGCACUACAGCCCAGCAGGUAAAAGCUGUGGAAGACGGAGCUACCGAUUUACAGACUAAAGAAACGGAAUUCAGCACGACCGACCAGCAGACCGAAGCAAAGGGAGGGAUUGCAGGCACUCAAACAGAAGGCAGCAGAAGGGAGGAGAAACCACCGGAGCCACACAAUACUGCCGCCCCCUACAGGAGGGAGGUACAAACAGCAGGCACUCAAACAGAAAGAGAGGAGGAGGGGAUAACUGCAGCAGCACUGGGCAGUAUCUUCCCCUUGAGGGUGGAGGUCCGUACUGCGGGCACCCAAACAGAGGUUCAAGAAUCGGGGCUGGGUAGCAACAACAGUGCCACCUUGAGCAAGGAGGUCAGAACCGCAGAGACGCAGACAGACGGGCGCUUGGGAGAGGCGGAGAGGCCAGGGGAGAGCGGGAGGACGGAGGGGCAUCAGCUGGUAGCCCAGGCGUUCCCGUGGGAAGCGAACCCGGCCGAGAUCGCGGAGCGGAUCAUGAGGAACCGGAGCCGGAUGUCGGUGGCGUUCGAUGACACAGAAUACGAGCCGUACGGACUGCCGGAGGUGGUGAUGAGGGGUUUUGCGGAUAUUCCGAGCGGCCCCUCCUGCCCCUAUGUGCUGAGGAGGGGGCUGCUGGGAACAGCCUUGCAGACAGGAAAACCCAGAGCAGCAUCGGAGGGGAGCCCCGAGGACCCCACUGACUGAGAGGUUCUCGUUUGGCAGUGGUCACGAAACAGACAUGAAACACGCACUGCCAACACGCUACACGCCAAAAAAACAUGCUAACGGGAUUGAAAAGUUAUGAGGGAAGGAAACGACACUCCCAUUGCAGAGCAGUCUGAGAGCCAGUCCAGGUUUUACAUUUGUUAGCUCAGUGAUGAUGAUGAUGAUGAUGAUGGUGGUUAAUAAUUAUAAGACUCCCAUUGCACCGUAUGGGUUUGUGAAGCCUUGGUCGUCACUCUUUGUGAAGGGUGGGACCCCUGAUAAUGCUGCUAGUUCUGACGGGAUCCGAGAGAUACGAUACCAGCAACACUGCCUUAAAAACACAGCCGCUCCCCUCUGUGCUGGGGCUCCAAUCGCAGCCCUGGAGGGCAAUUCCAGCCCUGUUAUAAAUGUUUUAACUGAACCGAUUAAAAACACAGCCGCUUCCCUCUGUGCUGGGGCUCCAAUCGCAGCCCUGGAGGGCAAUUCCACUCCUGGUCUUUGUUCCAGCCCUGUUAUAAAUGGUUUAACUGAACCGAUUAAAAACACAGCCGCUUCCCUCUGUGCUGGGGCUCCAAUCGCAGCCCUGGAGGGCAAUUCCACUCCUGGUCUUUGUUCCAGCCCUGUUCUAAAUGUUUUAACUGAACCGAUUAACCCUCCACCCAGACCCCGCAGCGGCUCACGAUCUCAUGUCACGUGCGAAACAGACCUGGAGAGGAAUAGCGUUCCCUCUGCGACGGGGAUUGGACACCCCGGCUCUAAACUGUAAACUCUUACAUUUGUUUCAUUAGGUAUUCCACUCUGUAAAAGGAAGAAAUGGUUUUGUGUUGUUAUUUGUGAUUCUGUUACUGGUUUUGCUGCUGGCUCAGUAGAAUGGAAAGUAGAGCACUUCCCAAACCUGGUCCCGUGCCCCCUCUGCUGUGUCUGCUGGUUUCCAUUCCAGCUGAGCUCUCAAUCACUGAACCAGACCCUUCACAGAACUGAUCGUUGGCUUAAUUAGACCUUUUUUUAAAUUAUUCUUGGCUCUUAAACGGCUGCAGAGGUCAAGUUGCUUAUAAAAUGUUACGACGAACUUGAAAUCUGCCGCUGUUUAAAAGAGCUGAAAACAAUUUAAAAAAAAGGUCUAAUUAAGUUUA